GGCAACACGCCGAGUAGUGACGUCAUCACGCACUCCUGCAAGAGCGGGACUUUGAGAAGGAGAAUCCCAGCCUUUGUCAUCCCAGGUUUGCCUGAAUUCUGAUGUCCCGUACUGCUCUAACCUUCCUUCAUGAGUGUCUUGCUGGUCGAGGCUUUCUAUGGUGGCUCCCAUAAGCAGCUGAUUGAUCUUCUGCAGGAGAGUGUGGCUGACACUUUGACCUACACACUUCCUGCUAAGAAAUGGCACUGGAGGGCACGAACCUCAGCACUGUACUUCAUGCAGGCAAUUCCAAGCAGCCCACAAUACAGGGUUUUGUUCACAAGUUCUGUGCUGAACCUUGCAGAACUGGUGGCUCUGCGACCAGAUCUCGCCCCUCUGAAGAAGAUCCUGUACUUCCACGAAAACCAGCUAAUUUAUCCGGUUCGUAAAAGCCAAGAGAGAGACUUCCAGUACAGCUACAACCAGAUCCUUUCAUGCCUAGUGGCAGACAUCGUGGUGUUUAAUUCUGCCUUCAACAUGGACUCGUUCCUGUCCUCCAUCUCCAGCUUCACGAAGACGAUGCCUGAUUACCGGCCCAAAGGCCUGGACCAGCUCAUCCGGCCCAAAUGCCGCGUGCUCCACUUCCCCAUCCGCUUCCCCGACGUCACGAGAUUCCUGCCUGAUCACAAACUUCUGCUAAGGGAAACUCAGCCACUGUGUAACACAAGCUCCCAGGAUUCCCAAAAUCGCUCCGAGACAGCAGCACGGUGCUUUGAGUCUGCACAGAAAAGUGAGUGUGGAUCAGAAGAGCUUGAGAGCAACACCGAAAAAAACCCGGAUUCAGAAUCAGGACUACCACGGCCUCUUCACAUCGUCUGGCCUCAUCGCUGGGAACAUGAUAAAGACCCUGAGAUGUUCUUCCAGACCUUGCUGAAGCUCAAAGAACGCAAACUGAACUUUGAAGUGUCGGUCCUUGGUGAAACAUUUACCGACGUGCCAGACGUUUUCACCGAGGCCAAAGAACAGUUGGCACACCACAUUCGCCACUGGGGUUUCAUGGCCAGUAAGGAAGACUACCUCAGAACCCUGUGCCAGGCGGAUGUUGUCGUUUCUACAGCAAGGCAUGAGUUCUUCGGUGUGGCCAUGUUGGAAGCAGUGCAUUGUGGGUGCUAUCCUUUGUGUCCGAAGGCUCUCGUCUACCCUGAAAUUUUUCCUGGUUCGUAUCUGUACUCAACACCCGAGCAACUGUGCAAGAGACUUCAGGGAUUCUGUAAACAUCCCCACCUAGUGAGGAAACACGUCAUUCAGGUGAACACAAACAAGUUUUCCUGGGACACUUUGGGAGAAGAGUACAGAUUACUGCUGAGCACAGGGCAUCCAAUUUCUACCCGUCAAUCAUCCUCUCACUAAUGCUGGUCCCUGCUCCUGAUUAAGGAGGACGAGGCUGCUCCACGCCCCCCUCCGACACGUGCACAGCAAUCGAACAUCUUAUCACCUACACUUGACGAGUGCAGUGCAGAACAGCACUGUGCACGGAGAGCCACACCCUCUACCGCACUCCUUCCCCAUCUCCGUGCAGGCGCCACCAACCAGCCAGCAAAGGUCGUAAUCGCACUAGUCUGAGAGAGAGUCCCCAUCCGGCUUAGACCCGCCCCUUAUCCGAACAACAGGCCAAUCGUUGUUCAUGUAGCCACUCAGCCUCAGCCGGCAAGGCAGGGCCGAUAUUCGAUACGAUGUAUUUGAGAUCUCAGCUCUGGUGAACAGCGUGUGUUUUACUGCUGCACCAUCUGAGCGGCAUCAUUACCAUUUUAAAUGUGCUUGAGUCUAUAUUUGAAGUUUCGCAGUGCUUUCAAUCACCGAAUGUCCAGCUUUCAUGGCUUUUUGUGUCCUGCAGCUAAUGGUUAUGAAACUCUUAUUGUUGUUGCUUUUUUUUUGUUUUUUUAAUAUGAACGAAGUGAAACAAGUGAGUUGAUAUGAACAGCUGCUUUGGAACAAAAGGGGUGGAAAAAGAUUUUGUAUGUUAUGUUGGUGUUUUCGUGAAUUGUUUGAUUCAUUAAAUGUAACCAAAAUCAUUUUAAAAACGUUAUUUGUGUUGUUCUUUAAUAAU